AUGGCGUCCUCGACUCCCACACCUCAUGGAGUGGCAGCGACUAACGGCACCUCGCAUCUCGAACUCGACAUAGCCAAACUUCAUGCCCUCCCCACCGAACAACAAGACUUGUAUCUGUUGACUUUUGUCUCCGACUUACAACGCCAUGUCGAACAGACUUCCCCCGAGCACCUCCCUGCGCAUCAAGCGUCGAUCAAGAAGGAGAUCAUCAAGAUUGUCGGUUUGGGCGCUCCAGUGCCGUCUCGUGUGAUCCGAAAUACACUGGGAAGAAUACUGGCAGAUGCCUUCGGACGCGGCAGUCGGAGCCUGCUGUACGAAACGGUCAACGAACUGGUUGCGAUCGUCAAUGGGGGCAAGGUCGAUAAAGAUGUCAGUUCGAAACAUGCCGCCACCGUCUGCUUGGGUGCCGUUUUUCGAUCCGCUGGCGACAGCGCGGUUAGCCUCUCUGGGCUCGUGGUAUCCUCGCUCCUCCGCCUCUUGAAGUCAUCCCAUACGGGCCUGAAGGGCUGCGUUUUCAAAGCACUGGACGGAGUAGUGAUGGGCAUACGAACCAGUCUGGAUGAACAUGUGGCUCGAGAUAUCUGGAAGCACGCCCGAGGUGCUGCAGUCAACGACAAAUCCUCAUUCGUCCAGAGGUGUGCAUGUUCUUGUCUUCGAAGUCUAGCCUGCGAGACAGGGUAUUUCAUCAACCAUAAUGAUUUUGAUAAUCUCAAGACGACAAUAUGGAAAGCGCUGGAUAGUCCAGUACCUUCGGUCAGACAUGCUGGCGCUGGAGCUCUGGCUGCCGGGUUGAACGGGGCGUUUUCCGAGACUGGCAAUGCUGACAUCCCCAUGGUACGGAAGCCAAAGAAAUCCAAGAAACCCGGCACAGAUUUGGAGGAGGGUGGGGAACAGGAACGAUCAGGCUCACCAACGCCAGGUCAAACCAAGCAUACUGUGCGGCUGACUCUCUCGCUGAACGAGUUGCUGCGAGUGCUUUCCUCUCAAUACUGCAAAUCAUCGACGACCAAUCGAGCUCGAGCAGGCAUCGCGAUGUGCUACAAGUACCUUUUGCGUCUACUGCCCCGGAGUGUUCUGGAGGAGAACUAUGCCUCGAUUGCUCUUCACACAUAUACGGAACUGCUCAAUCAUCCGACCAUCUACUCCAAUCGGUACCGUCUACUCCUCACUAGAAGACUCCUCGAGUGGAUCCUUCGACAUGUCACGGCAUUGCUUUCGGAGAAUGCUCAGGUCAAUGCCGCUCGUCAUCUCAUUAAUGAUAUUCUGAAAAACUAUCCGCAAGUAAUGCCAGAGCGACGGGAGCCCUCGAAGCGGAUCCUGUCAGGAGCAUUGUCGACCUUGAACGACCUACUCUUGCGGCUCGGCCCCGCAGCGAAUGUCUUUCAGGACUCGUGCAGAGAAGCGCUGUUCCAGGUUGUGCAGCAUCCAAGUCAUACGGUCCAAAGCCAUACCGCUCAAUGCACCAAGUCCUUCGUCCUCGGAUGUCCAAGUCAACUGGUGCCCAGCCUCGAGCACGCCAUGUCUCAACUGCAGAAAGAAUUUCAACCGUCAUCCGAGAACAAGCCUCCCCAUCGUAGAUGUUAUGGCUAUGCCAUAAGCAUCGCUGCAAUGAUUAGUGCUGCGCGACAGAGGCCGCUCUACGGCUCGGCCGAGGUCUAUUCCAAUAUUUUCACCUUUGCGACCGAUCUCCUGAAGUCUAGCGCCGCGGCCGAGCUGCGAUUAUCUGCAGCACAGGUGCAAGUGGCGUGGACCUUGAUCGGUGGUUUGAUGAGUCUGGGGCCGAGUUUUGUCAAGGUUCAUUUGAACCAGUUGAUGCUGCUGUGGAGAAAUGCAUUGCCUCCUCCUUUGACGCAUGAAAAUGCCACUAAGAGAGGCCAUCUGGAGCUCAGUUUCCUGUCUCACGUUCGAGAAUGCGCCCUCACCGCCUUACUUAUGUUUCUCUCCUCUUGCAGCACAUUGGUCACUACUGAUGGGUCAAGACGAAUAUCUACGAUGCUUCACAACACCAUUCUGUUCCUUGAAAGCUUACCCGUUGCUCGUGAAGCUGAGGAUCUUUCCAAUAGACUGGUACCUGCACUUCAGCUACAGGACUAUGCGAUUCUGCUGCGGCGACGAGUACUCCAAUGUUUGGGCGCUCUCGUGGGUUUGAAACAUUUGGAGCAGAACGAAGUCGUAUCCCACUCGGACCUGACGGGUCUCACGAUGCGCACCUUUAUAGACCCGGAGCGUCCACUUCUGAAGAACUUGGAAGCAUCUUUGGCAAACGCAGCGAGUAACUUCGAAGGGCUAUGGAGCACUGGCGAUAACUGGAGCUUCGGGGUCAGCAGCAUAGCCGAGAGCUUUGAUACCUACAUGCCAUUCGAGAACCAUCUUCAACCGAGAGCAGACGCAACUAUAGAGCAGGAAGUCUCUUAUCCAGAUGUCGUGGUUCGGUCUCCAGCACUUUCGGCAAUCGAACAUGAUCCGGUUCUGAUCUGUCAGCAAGACGACGCAAUUAAUGCUGCCGAAAUGUGUUCGCCGGCAACCUCUUGUGUCAACUUAGCCAUCAAGCUCUUCGCAAUCUCGUUACCACUUCAAGCCCCAAUGGUGCAAGAGAGCACAGUCGAGCAGUUGAUCACAACUGUAUCUCAACCUCUCCAACGCGAGCCCGGAAGGAAAGCCGCGAUGCAGGUCAAUACAGCUCUGGCCCUCCUCUGCGCUCUUGCAGUUGCGAAUAAUGAAACGCCUUAUAUGUCUGGCAGCUUACACGUCGGAGCUAUCGGGCAGGUCAUAAUUGAAGUGCUGGGGAAGUACGUCUGUAGCCCUGAUCCCAUCUUGAGACACCUGGCCGCCCGUGCUAUCGGGCGCAUCUGCAACCUGGCGGGCACACAGUUUACCAACAAGGAGGUGAAGUUCCUCAUCGACACCAUUGUUGCCGAUCGUGACCCGAGCGCUCGCGCGGGUUGUGCCCUCGCUCUGGGCUAUAUUCACUCUGAGGUUGGGGCCAUGGCGGCUAAUUUGCACAUGAAAUCUAUCGUCGGCGUCCUGCUAUCGUUAUGCAGUGACAGCCAUACGACUGUCCACUUUUGGGCCCUGCGAGGGCUGGUACAAGUGGCCGACUCUGCAGGCCUGGCAUUCUCGCCAUAUGCCACAAGCAGCCUCGGCCUCCUGGCACAACUAUAUUCGAAUGACACCCAUAACGAGGAAUCUGCAUCCCUCGCCACAUCGAAUCUGGAGUUGGAACUUUUCACACCUCUAGCAAUCGCUCAGUGUGUGGACAGUAUCAUCAAUGUCCUGGGCCCGGAUCUACAAGAUGUGUCAAAAGCCAGGAAUCUGAUUUUGAUAUUGAUCGGAUAUUUGCAGAAGGAAGCUUCGUCGCAGCUGCGCCACGAAAGUUACCAAUGUCUGCGCCAUCUUUCCAUGUAUGCGCCCGCUCAUCUACAAUUCGCACGAUACGUGGAGAACUUGCAGGAAAGCCUCUCGUCCGACGAAGGUCUCCUGCGGUCUGCUGCGAUAAGGGGGUUGAGUGAAUUGAUAAAAAGGAAUGCUUCUGAAGUGGCGCGAGUAGCAACAACAAAGCUAAGUGAUGAUCUGUGGGCCCGUCUGGAUGACAAUCCGGGAGACAAGUCGCUACAGGCGAUGCUAGAGAAUUGGAUGCAGCAGACGAUUCUGGUUGACACAGCUGAGUGGAUUGACAAAUGUCAAACCAUCCUCGCUCGGACUCGGGCAAAGGGCCAAGCUCCGUCCCCGACUCGUGCGGCUACAUCGAAAACGGCAAUGCCCGACCUAGCUGAUGAAGAGGUCGCGGGAUUUGCGGCGGCUGCUGCGGCUGCACAAGGAGAAAUGCCAGAUGCUGGUCCCGAAGGCCAAGAGUAUCUCCAUUGGCAAACAAGAGAUUUUGCCAUGCGUUUACUCAGUCAGUCUAUGGAUCUUAUACAAGCAGCCAUGUCGCCCGACCACGUUAUCCACGCGGAGGAGGUGUUGCAAAGCAAAGUAGCCGACGUGGUUCGGGUCGCCUUCUCAGCAUCGACUGCCAAUGUGGUGGAGCUACGUAUAUGGGGCCUCCGCAUCAUUGACCAGAUACUCAAACUGUUUGGCAAGACGCCAGAUCCAGAUUUCCUCGAGGCUUCCCUGCUGGAACAAUACCAGGCCCAAAUCAGCUCGGCGUUGACACCUGCGUUUGCAGCCGACUCGUCACCAGAGUUAGCCGCUGAGGCUAUUGGCGUGUGUGCAACAUUCGUGGCAACAGGGAUAGUGACCAAUGCAGAACGCAUGGGCCGAAUAUUCAAGGUACUCGCCCUGGGCGUGGAUAACCUUACUCAAGAAACACCGGAGCCCGCCAUUGGCGACCUCAAAAAUCUCAGCCCGAAUGCACAGGCGAUGCUGAAGAUGAGCAUUCUGUCUGGAUGGGCGCAGCUGCAGUUAGCCAGUUCGGAACAACCCUACCUGGAAGACAUCCUGCAACCAUACAUCCCCAAACUGGCGCCGCUUUGGCUCACUUCACUCCAAGAGUUUGCAGGGUUACGUUUCGAGCCUGAGAUCUCCGACACUCUUGGGGGCGAAAUAGCUGGUGGGAAUCUUGAUGAACGAUAUGCUUCUUUCAACCGUGAGAUCCGGCUACAAUUCUACCAGAAAAGUUGGUUAAACAUCGUGGAUGCGAUUGCUGUUCUGGUGGAGAAGGACAGUGCCUCCGUGUUCGACGCAUUGGACAACAAACGUGCCUCUUCCGACGACGAAGCAGUCAACGGCGCCCUAGCACAAGGGAGAGACAUGAGCUUCCGUGAGGAACCGGUGGCAUUCUUUUUCAUUCUCUUCGGACUUGCCUUUGAAGCAUUGGUAACUCAAACUCGCGAAGAUCCAUCGCAAGCCCUGUCUAUCCUCCAGGCACUCAAAAAGAUCCUCACGCCAGAAGUGUGUGGGAAUGCCAUUUAUGAGACGGCCGUGUUCAACGAGACAACCGACACUCUUGACCGAUUAGCCCUCACCAGCACGCGAGAGACACAGAGUGUCCUGGUAGAGAUCGCGCGCAACCUGGCCUUGGAUCACCUCGCCGCCAAAAGUCAGGAUCGGGACGAGAACCUAUCGGAUGACAUUGAGCAGUUGUUCGAGCUGACGAGAAUUAUCCUUUUGGUCUUGACGGGUCUCAUUCCGACCCUGGAAGAUCCUCCAGGAUCUGCUGUUCGGCGACUGGGGGACGAUGGUGUCGCACUGGUUCAACUGUCUUUUCAGGCCCUUGUCGACGUUGCCUCCGUGUUCCCAACAAUCAUUCGUGCAGAUCUCCAUGCUUGCAUCAUCUACAGCUACUGCACGAUCUUGGCCACGGGCAUAUGUCAAGAUGAAGUCUUGCCGCACAUCAUGCCCAUUUUCAAGGCGUUCUUACAAGACGUGAUUAAGUUGCAAUCUGAUGAAAUGGCCUCGAGACUGGUGAGAGGUUGCUUACAUCGUAUGCUGACCAUCUUGACCAUCGCUCAACGACGUGAGAAUGAGCAUGCGAUCACUUGCGCAAAGAACACCCUAUUGUCGAUGACAAUCUUGCUUACAACUGCAAGUUCUGUUGUACCUGCCAACGAUGGACUUGUGACCAGAGCUCUGGCUGAGUUGUUGGACUGUCUGCAGGACGUCGGCCUUGCCAAAAUCGCGGCCGGCUGCAUGCGGUCUCUGCUUCUGACGAACCCCAAAACACAAUGCGAAGGAGUGAUCGGGAGAAUCUUGUGGACAAGGUUGAUCCCCUUCAUCAGCGAUGCGGAAGCCGAAGAUCCCGAGGGCGUGAAGACGCCAUUAGCCCAAGCUCUGGUGUCUUCUGUCCUGACUUUACAGGGUUCUGGUCGGUUUGCUGCCAUGUCGAUCCUCGUGCCGCUGCUGCUGCUCCGAGCGAAGCAAAUCCCGUCGGGAAGUAGUUCGGAAACAGUUGAAAAAGAGAGUGCAGCACGGUUACUCGAACUUGCGGCUGCUGACCAAGUCGCUUUCAAGGUGACGGCAGGCCUCCUGGCUGAGGAGCAGAGGACCGAAUUGGAGAGUCUCUUAAGGGCGACGGCAGUUGGGAGCAAACAGGAAACAGCUUCAUCGGACAACGUCGAAUCCCGGCCAGCGAUCGAACUUCGGAUGGAUUUUGGAUGA